CCUACGCGGGGAUCGAAUCAACACGUCGCGCUCAGUGCUCAUCUUAAACUAUUUAACAAAACUCUUGCUCUCAAAUUAGUCUCGCAAUAUACGUGUAGAUAAUACCAAUAGCCUGUACCUACCCUAAUUAAGUUAUUUUUUAAUUCCUUUAGGUUUCAGACCAUGCUAUACCCAAACGCAUUCAGCCAUGAUGAUUCGUCGCAUGGCCACGGAUGUUAUAAAAGAAACUUAUCGCAGAAUGGAUCGCGUCGAAUAUAUAAAACAGGAUAAUUUUAACACGGUUGGAUACGAGGUCGGAUACUUGGUAUUUGUAAUAAAUGAGAGAUAUCGACGGAUGAUCGACAAAUACAACACGACAAUGACUAUGCAAGGAGCUCUGUAUCAAAUGGAACACGUCAUGUUCUUACAAGACGUCGAAAUGAACUACUGGGAGCUUGAACAUUUGAUGAACAUGCUACACGAAGUGGAGAGAAAAUACAAAAUAGAAACAAGUAUUCUCUCAACUUAUCAUGAGAUGAAUUCAAAGGAGGUACAAGAAGAAAAGGCUCGCAUAGCCAAGGAGAAAAAAGCUGCAAAGAUGAAGGGCAAAGGAGUUGGGAGUGACCCAUUAGGAUCAAACUAUCCAGGGCAGAAUAGGCCCAGGAAGAAGAAGAAGCAAUUUGUAUUAUCUGAUUACAUCAAAAAUAGGCUCAAUCCGACCACGACGCAGAAGACAAGAUGGUGGUGGCCUAUUGAAUACGGAUGGGAAAUCGAUUAUUGGUGGUAGUUUACGACGUUGUAUUUUCUCUUCUUGAAAUGAAACGGCUUUUACGGAUUUUAUCGCGGUUCAGGUCUUGAUCAUGAUACCUGCAAAGG